AUGGCUGGUCUCGAUCUAGGCACAACUUCUCGCUACGUCCACAACGUCGACGGUGGCGGCGGCCAGUUCUCCACCGAGAACCACCACGAAGAUGAUGGUGGCGCCGGAGGAAACCAUCAUCAUCUCCACCACAACCAUAAUCACCAUCAAGGUUUAGAUUUAAUAGCUUCUAAUGACAACUCUGGAUUAGGCGGUAGCGGAGGAGGAGGAAGCGGUGACCUCGUCAUGCGGCGACCACGUGGCCGUCCAGCUGGAUCGAAGAACAAACCGAAACCGCCGGUGAUUGUCACGCGCGAGAGCGCAAACACUCUUAGGGCUCACAUUCUUGAAGUCGGAAGUGGCUGCGACGUAUUCGAGUGUAUCUCCACUUACGCGCGGCGGAGACAGCGCGGGAUUUGCGUUUUGUCCGGUACCGGAACCGUUACAAACGUUAGCAUCCGUCAGCCCACGGCGGCCGGAGCUGUUGUGACUCUGCGCGGCACUUUCGAGAUUCUUUCCCUCUCGGGAUCUUUUCUUCCGCCACCUGCUCCUCCGGGGGCAACCAGUUUGACGAUAUUUCUAGCCGGAGCUCAGGGACAGGUCGUCGGCGGAAACGUAGUUGGGGAGUUGAUUGCGGCGGGUCCGGUGAUGGUCAUGGCGGCGUCUUUUACAAACGUGGCUUACGAAAGGUUGCCUUUGGACGAGCAUGAGGAGCAGUUACAGGUUCACAGCGGCGGCGGUGGCGGAGGAAAUAUGUACUCGGAAACCACCGGCGGGGGCGGAGGUUUGCCCUUCUUUAAUUUACCUAUGAGUUUGCCUCAUAUGGGGGUUGAAAGCUGGCCGGGAAAUUCUGCCGGCCCGGGUAGGGCUCCGUUUUAG